AUGCCGGUGGUGGCGAUGCUGGCCUCGGUCCUCCUGACCCUCACGUCGGGGCUGGUACUGGCCGCCACCUUCCUCUGGUGGCGAUGGUGGCACACCCGCCCCACACGCCCCACCGCCCGCCCCUCCCAACAGGGGCGGGAGUUCGGGGCGUUCGAGAACGUGAUGCACCACUUGCGACAGGAGUGCGGGCAUCACAACAUGAGCCUCGUGCUGCGCUUCCACGAGAGAUUGGACUGCGAGCGCCUGCGCGAUGCUCUGCGGAUCGUGCAGUCGAGGCACGUGCUGCUCCAGUCGACGGUGGUGCUCGACCACAAGAAGCGGCCAUCGUUCAAGAGACUCGACGACCCGCCGCCGAUCCCACUGGUCGAGCUGGAGCUUCCCGACGCCACGGCCGACGAGCGCGGGGCGGAGGCGGCGAAGGCGAGGGGCGGGGAGGAGGCGAGCGAGGAGGAGUGUCGGGCGGAGGACCAGCGGAUCCUGGCUCGCGAGCUCAACACCGGGUUCGAGGGCGCCCAGUCGCUCCUCCGCUGCACCGUCAUCCAGUCAUCCGCGCCGUCGAUCCAGCGCUCCAGGAGCCUCGGCGAUACUAGCGCAAGCCGCGUCCGACCGCGGGUGAGAUUGGUGAUCACGGUGGCGCACGAUCUGAUGGACGGGAGGAGUGUGGCGCUGCUGGGGGUCGAGCUCAUCGAGCUCUAUCGCCACCACUCCAUGGCCUCACCGGACGUUGGCGGCCGCGGUGGUGGUCCUUUGUCGUCUCGCGCCCCAUGCGCGGCGCCGAUCCCGCCGCCCAUCGAGGCGGUCAUGUUGCCGGCGUGGAUGCCCCGGCCGGUCGCGUUCGUGAGCCAUCUGCUGUCCUUCCUGCGAAUGCACCGCUGCUUCGUCUCCGAUCGCGUGCAGGCGCUGCCCCACACGGCCCGCGUUAACAUCUCGCCGCCGUCAUCGUCAUCUUCGUCGUCGUCGUCUCAUCGCCGCCCGCUGUGGAGCACGGGCGUGGUCGAGCGGAGGCUUUCGUGCGAAGAGACGGCGAGGUUGCAGCGCAACGGGCGAAAGAUGGGCGCCUCGAUGGGCGUGCAGCUCAUGACCGCCGCCUUCCUCGCCACCACCGCCGGCGCGCUCAAGCGAAGGGCGAACGUUUGGGGCGUGCAGUUGAUCGACAUGCGCCGGCAGCUCAUGACCCACCAGUCCCGGCUGUACGACGACCCCACCGACCACUCCUCGGACAACGACGCCGCAGCUGGCGUGGCACCCACAGCGCUCGGCCAGUUCCUCUCCAGCGUGGACCUCUGCCACCACACCGACCCCGCCCUGCUGCCACCGCCAACCCCCGCGACCAGCGACAAAGGCCUGGAGGCCCUGUCGCCGUUCCUGGCCUACUUCCGGGAGCAGUGCGGAAUCGUGCGAGCGCGGCUGGAGAGCCGCACGCGGCGCGGCGCGCACCUCACGAGCCUCGUAUUCGCCCAGUACCUGGCCGCCUUCUCGGCCUACCACUCGCGCUACUUCACGACCCCGUUUCCGUGCCCAGCCUUCAGCAUGAGCAACGUCGGGUCGAUGGACGACGCCCAGCCGGGCGGGCCGCUGGCCGACGUCGUGCGCGCGCUGAACGGGCGCCACCCGAUGCUGGACGACAUGUCGUUCGGCGUGUCGGCGGCGUCGUCGUUCCCCUUCGUCUCCAUCACGGCCCUCACCUUGCGCGGAUCCCUGCGGGUGUCGUUCAACUACCCGACCAACACCGUCGCGCCCGCCGCCAUCGCAGAGCUCGCCGACGCCUACCUCCGCGUGCUCCGCCUGGCCGCCACCGAGGGCGCACACGGCUGA